AUGGUCGACGACAAGUACAUAGGGCUCGCGCUUGCGAUGCUGUCGUCGUUGGCGAUCGGCACAUCGUUCAUUAUCACGAAAAAAGGCCUUAUGGACACCUCAAAGCGCUCGGGUACAGAUAACUCGCAGGGGCAUCAAUACUUGCAAAACCCAAUAUGGUGGGCUGGUAUCAUCACCAUGGCGAUUGGCGAGGUGGCCAACUUUGCAGCGUACACUUUUGCCCCGGCCAUUUUGGUGACUCCCUUGGGGGCGCUUUCCGUGAUCAUUGGCGCGGUGUUGGCGGCCAUCUUCUUGAAAGAGGAGUUGGGGGUGCUAGGCAGAAUGGGAUGUGCCAUUUGCCUCAUGGGCUCCGUGAUCAUCGUGUUGCACGCUCCUCCAGACAAGGAAAUCGAGACUGUGGACGAGAUCUUAAACUAUGCUACCCAGCCUGGGUUCUUGUUUUAUGCGUUUAUCGUAACCGCCUACUCGUUGUUUAUGAUCUACAAGAUAGUGCCAAAAUAUGGCCACACCAACCCAAUGAUUUACAUCUCAAUAUGCUCCUCUGUUGGUUCGAUCUCCGUCAUGUCCAUAAAGGCUUUUGGUAUUGCCCUCAAGUUGACGUUUGCGGGCAACAACCAGUUCACUCACUUGUCCACCUACGUGUUCGUGGGCGUUGUGGCCUUGUGCAUCCUCACCCAAAUGAACUACUUCAACAAGGCGCUUGACCAGUUUGACACAUCCAUCGUGAACCCUCUCUACUACGUGACGUUUACAACGUGUACGUUGGUGGCUUCUUUCAUCUUGUUCAAGGGCUUUAACACCACGUCUGCUGUGAACGUGAUUUCUCUCUUGAUAGGGUUCUUGGUGAUUUUCUCAGGCGUAUACCUUCUUAACAUCUCUAGAAAGGACAACGAAGGCUUAGAUAAGGAGAUCUUUGGAGUCCACACAGGCAAGGACAUCGGACCCAUGGAUAACGGCGUGGGUGGCUUUUCAUCGAUGCGUAGGUCGAUGCAGAUGAACCGUGGUGACUAUGAGGCUGAAGAGACGCUAGGAUUACGCCGCUUUGACUCGUUUGAGUUGGGUUCUGACGAGGAGAUCGAUGCUCACAGACGAUAG